AUGAACUCGUACCCGUACCCAUCCAACUUUGGCUUCACCACUGCCUCCGUGGCUAUUGCCAGGGAGCGUGCUGGUAGUCGGUCCCGCCCUGAGCCUCGGGGUCCACGCCCGGUUCAAACGGAUGAUCGCCAGUCCCCCUACGAGGCAAUCCUUCUCGGCCCCGGCGAGAACAAGAUCGACGUCGAGGUUGAUACUCGCAUGCCCUCCGCCGCCAUCUUCACCUUCCACAAGGAAGACCACACCCUUGGCAACAUGAUCCGCACCCGUCUCCUCCGCACCGCCCACGUCACCUUCGCCGCCUACAGGGUCCCUCACCCCCUGACUCCCAACUUCCAGCUCCGCUGCCAGACUGAUGGCGAGAUCACCCCCCGCCAGGCCGUCAUCAACGCCUGCCAGGCCCUGAUCAAGGACCUUGGCAUCCUCUCGCGCGAGUUCACCAAGGAGUAUGAGCUGCGCAAGAUGGCCAACGCUGCCAACCAGCAGCAGAACAUCGGCGAGUAA